AUGAUGGCUAUCGACAUUCCUAUCAUUGCUCGUCAAUACACCGUCCCCACUGCGAGUUAUCGACAUUACAGACUGAGGCUUGAGGAUGCGCCGGUGCCGACGCCCAAAGCAAACGAGGUUCUGGUUAAAAUCAAAGCCGUAUCCCUCCAGUCUCGCGACCUGAUGGUUCUCAACAACGAAUAUCCACCACCCAUCGCAGCCGACGUUGUCCCCUGCUCCGACAUGGCUGGCGAGGUCGUUGCCGUUGGCGCGGAUGUGGCGAGAUGGACGCCCGGCGACCGCGUAAUGGCGAAUUUCUUUCUCGAACUACUUUUCGAGGACAGCAUGACUACAGAGAUCAAGACGAGUGCCCUGGGUGGUGCGGUACAUGGCGUGUUAACAGAGUAUCGAGCGUUCCCAGAACAUUCCUUGGUGGCGAUUCCCAGCCACCUGAAUUAUGAAGAGGCAUCGACGCUGCCUUGCGCUGCGCUAACGGCUUAUAAUGCGCUGGUCUACGGCUUCCAACGAGUCAAGGCGGGAGACACGGUGCUCAUCCAAGGAACGGGGGGGGUUUCGAUUUUUGCCUUGCAGUUUUCCCUCGCCUCUGGUGCGCUGCCCAUUGUGCUGUCUGCUUCCGACGAGAAACUGCGCACCGCUACAAACCUCGGCGCAAAACAUGGGAUCAACUACUUGACGACACCUGCUUGGGAUGAGGCCGUGCGCGCUCUGACGGGCGGGCGCGGUGUAGACCACGUAUUGGAGGUAGUGGGGAACGCGACACUCGAACGGAGCUUGAAGGCAGUGCGUAUCGGUGGAAGUGUCAAUAUCAUCGGAAUGUUGGGAGGCAAGGGCGUGCAAGGCGACGCUCCUCCUCCUCAUAUAAUCGGAACAACAGUAUGGAACUCUAUCAAGAUCCGUGGGGUGUAUGUAGGCAGCGUCGCGCAGUUUGAGGACAUGAACCGCCUCCUUGCAGCGAACCCAGACGUGACAAGACCGGUUAUUGACAAGGUAUUCUCAUUCGAGGAGGCGCGCGAGGGGUUUGCGUAUCUGCAAAGUCAGAAGCAUGUUGGGAAGGUGGUCAUUCGUGUAGCCUGA